UUUGGCUCUAACCCUCCCUUUUUUCUCGUUCAUCAUCUGUCUUUUUUCUUUCUUACUCUUUUCUCUUUUCCUUUUCACCUACAUUCACAUACUCUCCUCACCCUUCUCCGCUCCUUCCCGUCGCUACCCACGUACGCUUGACGCGAAUAGAACCUCCACCGAUUCAACUCGGAGGUUUAUGUACAUGUCACGAUUGUUCUUUCUCUCUCAUCUAGAUAUUUGGACAUCGUUCUUUUUUUUGUACAACCGCCACAAUGUUUAGGUCUUUCGGAGCACGUAUAUUUGCGGGCAUAUUUGUCGUCGUCUUCCUCAUUGUUAUUUUCCACAACGAAGAAUCCGCUGGCACGGCUCUCCUUCCUUACCUGCCUGUCCUGCCAUCAACAGGCUCAUCGCAAUCCUCCUCACUGCUCCGAGCAUGGAUAAAAGACCGAUCUGCUCUCUCCGAGAAAUCGUGGAAAGCGAGUCUCGACCAGCGAGAGCAAAUGGCAAAAUCCCACCCGGAUAACCCAAAGAUUCCCUUCUUCCCAAUGGACUUUUUGAAAUACCCAUUCACAAUCUGGGAUUUUUUCCCCCCAACCUGGACCUGUCCCCACGACAUCCAGCGCGUAGGCCGCAUGGGCGACGGCGGAAAAUGGGUCUGCGGCAUGAGCGUCUACGAAGGGCUUCCCGCGGUCAAAGCCUCCGCAUCUGAAGAGUCCUCCCUCUCCAACGCCCAAGACGGCCUCGUAAUGUACAGUUUCGGCAUCAACGGCGAAUCUUCGUUUGAAGCAGAAAUGCUCGAGCGCGUGCCCAGCGCCCGCAUCUGGGGCUACGACUUCUCAGUCGACGCCUGGGGCCCGCAGAUUGCACCGAAACACCGUCACCGCACUUUUUUCAAGAAGGUCGGGCUCGGAAAGGAAGACGCGCAUGAUGCUAGUCCGCCCUUCUGGACUCUCCCGUCUCUCAUGAAGCAGAACAACCACACCUACAUUGACAUUUUGAAAAUCGAUGUCGAGGGUAGUGAGUACGAUGCGCUAGACACCAUGAUGGAUGCCUUCGACAAUGUGAAAUCCGCAUCUGGAAAAUCGGUGCUGCCAAUUGGCCAGGUCAUGAUCGAGUUGCACUUGGGAGACGGUGUUUCCACCGACAACCAGGUCGGCGGCGGCAGCAUCGAUUUCGGGCGCUUCCGCAGCUGGUGGGAGCGUCUGGAGCGCAUGGGCAUGCGCCCCGUGUGGAUGGAAAUCAAUCUUUUUGCCGUUACGCUGGGCAAGACCAAGUCGAAUCCUCGGUGUACCGAGUAUGUCUGGGUCAAUGCUCGGGAUCAGAGGAACGUACUCUGGAAUGUAUAGAUUUAUGGUUUUACUCGCGCCUCCUCCUUCCGUUGGGACUUUUUUGAAGUAUUAGAGGCGGAGGGAGCAAAUUGAGGCGUUUUUUUUUCAUUGUCAUGUAUGGCAUAUGGUUAUGGUUGCUAUAAGUAGACGGAUGUUUUACACGUGUUCGUAAUAGAACACUUGUUUCCUCUUAUCUCUCUUUUCGCCUUGAAUCAUGAUGGUUCGCUUUAUGCGCGAUCAGCCACCACUGUCACAUUUCCACUACACCUGUACAUACGUAUAUAGCAAAUCAAAUUGUAUAAACACCA